AUGGAUGAACCGUCCAACGUCGAGGGUGAGGCGAAACGAAGCCUGAUCUUCACCUGUGGCACACUCAAGCGUGGUUUUCAUAACCAUACACUAAUUCAAGAUCUCAUCUCCCACAAAGACGUCGUUUACAUCAGCGAUUACGUCACCCAUCAGCCCAUCCCCUUGGUCACCAGCCCCCAGGGCAUCCCUUACAUCAUCAGCCUUCCUAGAUCGAGUCACCGAAUCAAGGGUGAGCUCUAUGUCGUCAUGGGCCCUGGCCUCACCUGCUUAGAUGAUCUUGAAGGCAACGCUAUCGGCCACUAUGAGUGCCUCCCGAUUCUGGUGGUGCGAGAUCUUAAUGACAACGACGACGUCGUUUCUGCUGAGGGCUACUUCGCGCAGCGAAGCUUCGGGGAUGCCCUGUGGGAGAGAAAUGGGAGAGAGUGUCUGAAUGAGUAUUCAAAGAUUGAGGGGAGAAGGUUUGUGUUGAACCAGGAUAGGCCAGACCAUGGCCGGAGCAUUCUUUAA